UUAGUCCUAACCCCAAUUCCAAUCAAAAUCUGGGAUUGUCCGGGUUCAUCGCAAAAGCCCAGUAAACGCAGCAUAUACUCAUUUUCCUGCAAAAAAUUCAAUUCAAGAAAUCUGUUUAUUUCUUUUCAGAUCUUCAUGGGUCAUCACUACGAUUUCUUCUCACUCGGAGCAAAUUACAAUAAACGGUGGUGAGACAGCGAAGGAAACUUCGAAACUGUCGCAUUAAAAUCGUUGUAGAAGAGAAUAAUAAAAUGGCGGCUGGUGGAUUUGUGAGCCGAGCAUUCGAGUCGAUGCUCAAAGAAUGUUCCGCCAAAAAGCAUCCUGAUCUUUACAAGGCUAUUCAAACUUAUUUAGAUAGUCCGAAACAAAGGAAUCGACCUUCUUCAUCCACUGAGCCAAAUCAGGCGUCGCCUGGAGAUGGAAGUUCCAUUGGGUCACAACGUGUUAGUGGAACCAUCACAACUGCCCUGGCUAGUGCAGGGUACACCUUAGAAGGGCCUGAGGUGGAGCUUGUCCUAAAUCCUCUUCAACUUGCAUUUGAGACAAAGAACUUAAAAAUUUUUGAACCAGCUCUGGAUUGUCUUCAUAAACUAAUUGCCUAUGAUCAUCUGGAGGGAGAUCUUGGUUUAGAUGGUGGUAAAACUGUUCCUCUGUUUACAGAUAUUCUGAAUAUGGUCUGCAAUUGUGUUGAUGAUUCUUCUCCUGACAGUACAAUACUGCAAGUGUUGAAGGUACUUCUUACUGCUGUAGCAUCCACGAAGUUCAGAGUCCACGGGGAACCUUUGCUUGGAAUUAUUAGAGUCUGCUACAAUAUUACUCUUCACAGCAAGAGCCCUAUAAACCAAGCAACAUCAAAGGCAAUGCUAACACAGAUGAUUAGCAUCCUAUUUAGGAGAAUGGAGACUGAUGUGGUCCCUACUUCAUCUGGUUCUUCACAUCAUACUGAAGCUGCUGCUUCAGAUAAUUCCACCUCAAAUGCAGAAGAAACUUCCUCAGGGGACCAAAAUGACAAUGGAACAACCUUAGGGGAUGCACUUAACUGGGUCAAGGAUGCCCCAUUUCCAUCUAUUGAGGAACUUCAAAAACUUGCUGGUGCUGCUGAUAUCAAGGGUUUAGAGGUUGUUCUUGACAAAAUUUUGAAUGUUGAGGAUGGUAAAAAGAUUAUGAGAGGGAUUGACCUCGAGAGCAUGAGUAUUGGUAAACGUGAUGCAUUACUAGUGUUCUAUACCCUUUGCAAGAUGAGCAAGAAGGAAGAUACUGAUGACACCAAGGCACAGAUUUUGUCUCUUGAGCUUCUGCAGGAUUUGUUGGGAGGGAUUAGCCAUUCAUCUAUAAAGGACUUUCAUUUCAUUGAUUCGGUGAAAGCAUAUCUUUUAUAUGCUUUGCUGCAGGCUUCAAUUUCACAAUCCCCUGUCAUUCAGUAUGCAACUGGGAUAUUUUCUGUGCUUUUGUUGCGGUUUCGAGAGAGUCUUAAAGGUGAAAUUGGUUUCUUUUUUCCCUUGAUUGUUUUGCGGUCAUUGGAUGGUGCAGAUUUCCCCAUUAACCAAAAAACUAGUGUUCUCAGGAUGCUUGAGAAAGUUUGCAAAAAUCCUCAGCUGCUUGUUGAUGUUUAUGUGAAUUAUGAUUGUGAUCCUGAUGCACCUAACUUGUUCCAACGCAUGGUUACAGCUCUGUCUAAAAUAGCUCAAGGGGCACAAAAUGCUGACUCAAACACUACUGCUGUCAACCAGACAACAUCUAUUAAGGGUUCCUCACUUCAGUGCCUUGUCAACAUACUACAAUCACUGGUUGAUUGGGAGAAAUCUAAAAGACAACUAGAAAGGAAUAAGGGAGGCGGCCAGUUUACUGAAGAAGAUUUGUCACGAGGAUCGGAAGAUGCUAGUGGUAACUUUGAGAAGGCAGAAGCUCAUGAAUCUACCAUGGCAGCUGCCAUCUCUGAGUUCAACAGGCAACCGGUGAAGGGUAUUGAGAAUCUGAUAUCAAAUAAAUUGGUGGAAAAUUCUCCUGCCUCAGUUGCCCGAUUGCUGAGAAAUACUCCCAGUCUGGACAAGGCAAUGAUCGGUGAUUAUCUAGGUCAACAGGAGGAGUUUUCCAUUGCUGUCAUGCAUGCUUAUGUAGAUUCAAUUACCUUUUCAGGAAUAAAGUUUGAUACUGCAAUACGUGAAUUUCUUAAAGGAUUCUAUCUUCCUGCGGAGGCUCAAAAGAUUGAUCGAAUCAUGGAAAAGUUUGCAGAAAGGUAUUGUGCUGAUAAUCCAGGUCUUUUCAAGAAUGCAGGCACCGCAUAUGUUCUCGCGUAUGCAGUUAUUAUGUUGAAUACUGAUGCUCAUAACCCAAUGGUCUGGCCUAAAAUGUCAAAGUCAGAUUUUACUCGUAUGAAUACCACGUAUGACCCAGAAGUGUGUGCCCCUGCUGAACUUCUGGAAGAGAUAUAUGAUUCUAUUGUUAAAGAGGAGGUAAAAAUGAAAGAUGCUGCUGCUGGCAUUGGGAAAGAUGACAAGCAAAAGCCAGAGGAUGAAGAGAGAGGCCACCUUGUUAGUAUCCUCAAACUGUCUCUCCCUAAAACAAAGGCAUCAAGUGAUGCUAAGUCCAAAAGUGAAGCAAUAAUUAAGCAGACGCAGGCUAUUAUCUGGAACCAAGGAGCAAGCAGAGGGGUUUUUUACACUGCACAAGAGAUUGAACUUGUGAGCCCCAUGGUUGAAGCUGUAGGAUGGCCGUUGUUGGCUACCUUCUCUGUUACAAUGGAGAAAAGUGAAGACAAGUCAAUGGUUGUUCUUUGUAUGGAAGGAUUUAGAGCUGGGGUACAUCUCACAUAUGCCCUUGGAAUGGAUACCAUGCGCUUUGCCUUCGUAACAUCUCUGAUCAGGUUCACUUUCUUGCAUUCGCCAAAGGAAAUGCGUAUUAAAAAUGUGGAAGCAUUGCGGACUCUAUUGGAAUUAUGUGAUGUAGAACCAGACUGUCUUCAAGACACAUGGAAUGCUGUUCUUGAAUGCGUUUCUCGGCUUGAAUAUAUUACAACAACCCCCGCUGUUGCUGCAACUGUCAUGCAUGGACUAAAUCAGGUCGCCAAGGAGGCUGUUGUGCAGGCACUGAAAGAACAGGCUGGGAAACCAGCUGAACAGGUUUUUUUGAGUAGUGAAAAAUUGCCUAGUGAUUCUGUUGUGGAGUUCUUCACUGCUCUAUGUGGUGUAUCAGCAGAAGAACUAAAACAAGUUCCAGCUCGUGUUUUCAGCUUGCAAAGGGCUGUUGAGAUCAGUUAUUACAAUAUUGCUCGUAUACGAUUGGUCUGGGCUAGAAUAUGGACUGUACUCGCAAAUCAUUUUAUUUCUGCUGGCAGCCAUGCUGAUGAGAAGGUUGCUGUAUAUGCCAUAGAUUCUUUGAGGCAGCUUGGUAUGAAGUAUUUGGAGCACACUGAACUGACCAAUUUUACUUUCCAAAAUGAUAUCCUUAAGCCUUUUGUUGUACUUAUGCGGAAUAGUCAAAGUGAAACCACAAGGAGCCUUAUUGUGGACUGCAUUGUUCAACUGAUAAAAUCAAAAGUUGCUAGCAUAAAGUCCGGAUGGCAAAGUAUUUUUAUGAUUUUCACUGCAGCUGCAGAUGAUGGUUUUGAAUCAAUUAUUGAGAAGGCAUUUGAGAAUGUUGAACAGAUUAUACUGGAACAGUUUGAUCAAGUUGUUGGAGAUUGUUUUAUGGACUGCAUCAACUGUCUUAUUAGGUUUGCCAACAAUAAAACUUCCCACGACAUAAGUUUGAAGGCUGUUGCCCUUCUCCGUAUAUGUGAAAAUCGUCUUGCAGAGGGGCAUAUUCCUGGUGGGGCUCGUAAACUGACUGAUGUUAAUACUGGUGCAGCAUUUGAUGUAGCUGAGUAUUAUUGGUUCCCAAUGCUGGCUGGUUUAUCCGAUUUAACAUCAGAUUCAAGACCAGAGGUUAGGAGUUGUGCGCUUGAAGUUUUGUUUGAUUUGGUUAAUGAAAGAGGUAGGAAGUUCUCAACUCCAUUUUGGGAAAGCAUUUUCCAUCGUGCCUUGUUUCCCAUAUUUGAUCAUGUGAGACAUGCUGGAAAGGAGAACUUAGUUUCCUCUGGAGAUGAGUGGCUUCGUGAAAAUAGCAUUCACUCACUUCAGUUGCUGUGCAACCUUUUCAACACUUUUUACAAGGAGGUUGGCUUUAUGCUGUCGCCACUCUUGAGUUUGCUGUUGGAAUGUGCUAAAAAGACAGAUCAGACUGUGGUUUCAAUUUCUCUUGGUGCGUUGGUGCAUCUCAUAGAGGUUGGCGGACACCAGUUCAGUGAGAGUGACUGGGAUAUGUUGUUGAAGAGCAUAAGAGAUGCAUCAUACACAACACAACCACUUGAACUACUCAAUGCGUCAGGGCUAGAGAAUCCAAUGAACACCUCAAUUUUACCAGGACAUUUAAAGGCUCAUACAGGUGGUGAGGUCCAGCAGUUUGAUUCUACUGAUAAUGGGAACAUUUCACAGUUUGCAUCCUCAAGUUCUGGCAUUGGUAGAAGCAAAAGGGGUACUAUUGCAUCGCUUUCACAAGAUCACAAUCAAGAAUCUGAGUUACAAUCUAACCCAGAUGGAUCUGAAGGUAUUCCCUCACCAUUAUAUAAAGCUCAGAAAUCUGCUGAAGCUGCGAGUCUCCAACGAAGUCAAACGAUAGGUCAAAGAAUCAUGGGGAAUAUGAUGGAUAACCUAUUUCUUAGAAGUCGUUCUGCAAAAUCAAAGAGUGGUACAUCAGAUAUUCCAGUUCCUUCUUCACCACUAAAGCCUCCUGAGGCUGUUGAACCUGAAGCCAAGGAUGAGGAGGAAAGCCCGCUUAUGGAAAAUGUUAGGGGCAAGUGCAUUACUCAGUUAAUGAUUCUAGGUGCUAUCGAUGGCAUUCAGAAAAAGUACUGGGAGAAUUUGAAAGCACCUCAGAAGAUUGCCAUAAUGGACGUUUUGUUAUCCUUGGUAGAGUUUGCUGCAUCAUAUAAUUCAUAUUCUAACCUGAGAACACGUAUGCAACACAUUCCUGCAGAAAGGCCCCCUCUAAAUCUUCUUCGCCAGGAAUUGGCAGGAACAUGCAUUUAUUUGGAUGUCUUGCGCAAAACAACUUCGGGAUUUACUGACAAUAUUGGGCAACAUAUAGAACCCAAUAGUUCCCAGGAUAGUGAUAUAUCUUCAGACAACAAUGGUUCAAGAUUGGCUGAACAGUCUUAUGCGGAAACAAAAUUAGAAGUAAUAGCAGAAGAGAAGCUGGUCUCUUUCUGUGCGCAGGUACUCAGGGACACAUCUGACCUCCAGUCUAAGAUAGGGGAAACUAGUUCGGUGGAUAUUCAUCGUGUUCUGGAGUUGCAGUCUCCAAUUAUUGUUAAGGUGCUUAACGGCAUGUGCUUCAUGGACAAUAAGAUUUUCAGGAAUAACCUUGGGGUGUUCUAUCCUUUGCUUACAAAACUUAUUUGCUGUGACCAGAUGGAUGUUCGUGGAGCACUUGGUGAUCUUUUUAGGGUGCAGUUGAAAGCCCUCCUACCUGAAGAGUUUUAACAAAGUAUUUUGUUAGGAAACUUUUGCGGAAUGAUUUUCAGCGUUGCUGCACAUUCCAUAGGAACAUAGGCAUGAAUUAUUGUUGGGGUAAGAAAA